AUGACCUCGAAAGUAUUUCUGUCAGAAAAUCUUCUUACCACGGAAGUGAAUAGCAUUUCAAGUAUUUCCUUUGACAAGUUCUCUCCUAUUAACAUUCAACAUGGCGAUACCCUUGAUCAUGGCAACAAUUCCAAUCUUUUGAAUUGUUACCAGACAGAAAAGGGAGUCAAUUUAGAUUUAGGUCUCCAGAAUACCUAUACUAUUGAUGAACUUGAAGAUGUUCAUGAUAUUGCACCAUAUAACGUCGAUGUUAGCCCUAUUGACAAGACUCCUGGAUUAGAAGAAGAUGAUUCUAUCCCUACUUCUCCAGAAGUUGAAAUUUCUCAAGUCGGCUUAGGGUUACUUCCCAACCAGAAAAAGAAUAUAAUUCGUAGAAAAGGAGCUAGUUUUACUAUGAUGGUAAUUGGAGCUAGGGGAACUGGGAAGACAACAUUCAUCAAUUCCUUAUUUGGAGAAAAUAUUAUAGUUGAGACUAGAAGGAAAACUUUUGAUAACGAGUCCAUUUUAAUUCAUAGAGCUGAAUUAACCGAGAAGGGGUUUACAUUAAAACUUACUGCAAUUGAAUCUUCAGGAUUUGGAGAUAGCGUAGACAACAGAUUUGCAUGGUCGCCUGCAGAAAAAUUUAUAUCCGAGCAAUUUAGAUUAUAUUGUUACCAAGAAGAACAACCUGAGAGAUCAUCUUUACUUGAUUCAAGAGUUCAUUGUUGUUUAUAUUUUAUUACCCCAACAAGAACAAACCUCUCUUCUCUUGAUAAAAGGGCAAUCAAGCAAUUAUCAGAAUUGACAAACUUGAUUCCUAUCAUUGCUAAAAGUGAUACCUACACUAAAACUGAUUUGAAAAGAAUUAAAUCAAAUAUUCAUCAAACUAUGAAGGAUGAAAAUAUAAGUAUAUGCGAAGAAUUAUUAGAUCAAAGUGUUACUGACAAAAUCAAUCGAUUUAUGCCAUUUGCAAUCAUAAGUUCAAAUGAAAUUGAGCAAACAAAUGAUGGUAGAAAUGUUCGUGGUAGAAAAUAUGAUUGGGGUGUUGCAGAAAUUGAAAACAUUGAGCACUGUGAUUUUGUUGUCUUGAGAGAGAUCUUAAUGGGAGAGAACAUGUUAGAUUUGAUUUUUUCAACAGAUUCAAAUUAUGAAAGUUUCAGACGUUCAUGUUUAAUUGAACGAUUCAAUGAAAUUAUUAAGAACGAAGGCAAUGAAUAUAAAAAUAUUGAAUAUUACACUCCACAAUUGAAACUUAGUGGUUUAGAAGAAUACGAAAUUUUUCAUAAAUUGAAAAUCAGAAAAUUAGAACUGAAGCUUCAUGAUACUGAUCAAAUAUACAUUGAAAAGGAAAAAGAAGCUAAAUUGAAUUUUGCAAAUGUCAUACAAGCACAAGAAAAGAGAUUCAAAGAAUGGAAACGAGGUCUUUUCGACAGACAAGAGCACUACAACAAAGGAAUUGAAAAACUUCACCUUUGUAUAAUCAAGCUACAAGAGGAAAUUGAAGCUUUAGAAACUGGUAGUGGAAGUUUAAACAAUAGUUUAGGAUCGCUUUCAUUUAAUUAG